AUGCUAGUGUGGUUACCAGCAGUACCAAAGCUAGCAGAUGUGGAGGAGGAGGAGGAGGAGGAGGAGGAGGAGGAGGAGGAGGAGGAGGAGGAGGAGGAGGAGGAGGAGGAGGAGGAGGAGGAGGAGAAGGAGGAGGAGGGAGUGGGAAAGGAGGAUGGGGAGAGGAUGGGAUUGGGAGGGGAUGGAGGGGAGAGAGCACCCGGUCGAAAGCAAGUGGAAUGGGGAAGAGUGGAAAGGAGUGAGGAGUCGAGAGGGGAGGAGAGGGGGGAAUCGAGAGGGGAGGCGAGAGGGGAGGAGAGAGGGGAGGAGGAGAGGCGAGAUAAGGGGGAACUGUUAAGAGAGGAAGAGGAAGGAGGUGGUGGUGCUGCUACUGCUGCUACUGCUGCUGCUGCUGCUGCUUCUGCUGCUGCUGCUGCUAGUGGUGGUGCUGCUGCUAGUGUUGCUAGUGUUUGCAUUGUUAGUGCUGCUGCUUCUAUCAUUGCUACUCCCGCUCUCACUCAGCUGGUUCAUAUUCCUCUCAUCCUUCUCCCCUCUCACUCCCUCCGCUCUCACUCCCUCCUCCCUCACUUCCUCCUCGCUAUAUGA